AUGGCUGUUCAUCACUUUCUGCAAGCUUAUCCUCGACGAGAAGAAAUACAUAGCGAGGCUUGGAAUUUUGAGUUUCUGACGAGGUACAUACGUAUCAAGAGAUCCACUCUCACGAUUUUGCUGGUUGCCAUUGUAUUAUUUGGAUAUGAUGUUGUUGUUGAUACCGCGCUGACUGGAUCUUGGACAUCAUUCCGGCAAUGCGGUGGUCGUCGCAAGAGUUCACGGGACCAUGAAGUAUCUGAGUGGCGUAAAGGUGUCACGGUUGCAGGACUCAAGGACAUUGGGAUGUUAGUGAAGGUAAGCUGUCACGUGGAUCAUGUCCCCUGGUUACGAAGAGCUUCUUGA